UGAGAUGGGAUCAGAAUAGCCAGAAUAAACACAAGCUGCCAUCAGGGAAGCCGAAUUCCAUCAUAUCACAUCAUGUUCAAGCAUAAUUCAGGGUAGUCAUAUAGUGAUGAUCCAAUCUAGGCUACCACAUUACAUUUUAUCAUCAUACCCCAAGCCUCCUUCAAUCUGGGACUGAAAGAACCAUAAUUGUGACAUCAAAUGUUUUUUUGGUAAGCGGCCAUUUAUGAUUCUGGAAGAUUAAGGCAGAUAGGAAGUCCCUUCUGAGAUUUUACAAAGCUCUGGAACAACCACCAGCACCAUGGACAUAAAGCUGGACCCUUCCCGGGAUGACCUGCCUCUCAUGGCCAACACCAGCCACAUACUUGUGAAGCACUAUGUACUGGAUUUAGAUGUGGAUUUUGAAAGUCAAAUCAUCAAGGGCACCAUAGUGCUUUUCUUUGAGUCUGGAAACAGAUUCAAAAAACAGAGUGGGUCCACCAAGGAAACCUGCCGAUCAGAGUCAAACGAAGCUUGCAGAUUUAGGACACCUGAACCUUGCCAUAGCCCUGUGACAGAUACAACGACCUUCUCCUCUAAAACAAGAUAUAAUGAUUUUACAAUCUGUGGUAAAGGUGAAAAAGAUACUUCUGGUAAAGAUGGUAACCAUGACAACCAGGAACAGGCUUCUGGGAUUUCUAGCUCAAAGUACUGCUGUGACACAGGGAAUCAUGGGAGUGAGGAUUUUUUGCUAGUGUUGGACUGCUGUGAUUUAUCUGUGUUAACAGUUGAGGAGGUGGAUGUUGCUGCUGUGCCAGGUAUUGAAAAAUUUACAAGGUCUCCCAAGCUCACAGCUGUUUCUGAGGAGCUCAGGAAUCAGAUUGUCUGUGAACUUGUGACUCUGCCUGCAAAUCGUUGGAGGGAGCAGUUAGACUAUUAUGCUCGUUGCAGCCAGGCUCCUGGCUGUGGGGAACUCCUGUUUGACACUGACACUUGGAGCUUACAGAUCAGGAAGACAGGGGCUCAGACAGCUACUGCCUUUCCUCACGCCAUAAGGAUACGAUACAGCACCAAACCCCAGGGGCGAUCAGUUACGUGGACCUCAGACCAGAGUGGCAGGCCAUGUGUUUAUACUAUGGGAUCUCCCAUAAACAACAGGGCCCUUUUUCCAUGCCAGGAGCCACCCGUUGCCAUGUCAACAUGGCAGGCUACAGUUCGAGCAGCUGCAUCUUUUGUCGUUUUAAUGAGUGGGGAAAAUUCUGCCAAGCCAACACAGCUUCGGGAAGGGUGUUCAAGCUGGCAUUACUAUGUAACCAUGCCAAUGCCAGCCUCCACCUUCACAAUUGCAGUGGGAUCCUGGACAGAAAUGAAGCCAGAGACCUGCUCAUCCAAGGAUCUGGCAGCAGAGAGAUCUCUCUCACCUUCUGAGGCUGACUUCAGGUAUGUUGGCAUUUGUGGUCACGUGGAAUACCCCUGCCGCUUCCAGAAUCCUUCUGCCACCACCCAGGAAAUUAUUCCUCAUCGGGUCUUUGCCCCAGUGUGCCUCAAAGGUGCCUGCCAAGAGACCCUUCUGCCACUGGUCCCUGCUUGCCUCUCAGCAGCACACUGUGUCUUGGGAACACACCCAUUCUCCAGGCUGGACAUACUCAUCGUGCCUGGCAAUUUUCCGAGUCUGGGGAUGGCCAGCCCACACAUCAUCUUCCUCUCUCAGAGUGUCUUGACGGGAACGAGCCAUCUCUGUGGGACCCGUCUCUGCCAUGAAAUCGCUCACGCCUGGUUUGGCCUGGCCAUCGGGGCCCGGGACUGGACAGAGGAGUGGCUGAGUGAAGGGUUCGCCACUCACUUGGAAGAUGUGUUCUGGGCCGAAGCACAGCAGCUGGCCCCCUACGAGGCCCAGGAGCAGCAGGAGCUGAAGGCUUGUCUGCGCUGGUGUCGCCUCCAGGACGAGGUGCGGAACUCCUCAGAGGAGAUGCAGGUGUUAAGACCCAAUAAAGAGAAGACUGGCCACGUGAGUGACUCGGGAUCAUCUGUCAUCAAACAUGGGCUCAAUCCUGAGAAGGUCUUCAUGCAGGUUCAUUAUUUAAAGGGCUAUUUCCUUCUCCGGUUCCUUGCCCAGAGACUUGGAGAUGACACCUAUUUUGCAUUUUUGAGAAAAUUUGUGCACACCUUUCAUGGGCAGUUGAUUCUUUCCCAGGAUUUCCUUCAAAUGCUGUUGGAGAACAUCCCAGAAGAAAAAAGGCUUGAGCUGUCUGUGGAGAACAUCUUCCGAGACUGGCUUGAGAGUUCUGGAAUACCCCAGGUCGAGAAAUGGAUUCGAAUGAACCGGAGACCCCGAAAACGGAAGCGACGGGAGACCGAAGAAGUGUUUGAAAAGCUCCUUCCAGACCAGCUUGUCUUGCUUCUGGAGCAUCUCUUGGAGCAGAAGACUUUGAACCCCCGGACUCUGCAAAGCCUUGAGAGGACAUAUUGCCUCCCCCAGCAGGAUGCCGAGGAUUUUCUCUCCUUCCUUGAGGUUCGCCAUCGGUGGUGUGAACUCAUCGUUAAGCACAAAUACACAAAAGCGUACAAAGAUGUGGAGAGAUUCCUCCAGGAGGAUCAGGCCAUGGGCAUCUACCUCUACGGGGAGCUGAUGGUGAGUGAGGACGCCUGGCAGCAGCAGGUCGCCCGCCGCUGCUUUGAGCUGACCAAGGAACAGAUGGACAGAUCCUCAGCCCAGGUGGUGGCUGAGAUGCUAUUCUGAAGAGGAAAGAUCACAGCAAGAUUCUUUUUCAUGCAUCUACUCCUAACCCUGGUGGGACCGGGAUCUCAUUGAUUCUGGACAUCAAAGGAAGGGUAAUGGGGCUGCUAAAGCCAUCAGCCAGCCGCAUCCAGGCCUCGGUGCUUCUCUUUCCAGAGGCUGCUGUUCCUGGAGCUCACAGACUGUGUGGUGCCUUUGUCCCCUGCCCCGAACGCGCCACCUCAAGAUACAGAGUCUGAAUUGGAGCUCUUCUGUGAAGUCAAGGUGCCUCUUUCCCACAGACGAUGAAAGCUGUCUGGAUACAGCGGAAAAACUGCUUAACGUUUUGAACGGAUCCUCUCAGCAUAUGGCUCCACUGGAUGUUUCUAGAUUUCCAGAAAGUCAGAGAUUCCGUAUACUGGGACCAGGGAACACCACUUGGCAUUCUUCUCUGGGCCACUUCAGGAAGAUCCUACACAAUUAUUUCGAUUGAUAGGUCUUGAGAUUUCCAAAAGGGCAGGGUAAGAAUCCAAGAUGUAUUCAUAAUAAAACAGUGGAUUGCUACUUUUGUA